AACUCCUUGCAGUCUGUGCCGUCCCGCGCUUUGCCGCUCCGCAGGCCGCCUCCGCCGCUACCUCCUCGCGAGCCGCCGCCCCUGCUCGCCGUCCGUCGCGUCCUCAAGAGCUGGCCCCCUCCUCGCAAGCCCCUCGCCGUGCUCGCAGGCGCAGCCCCCCUCCUCGCAAGCCCCUCGCCGUGCUCACAGCUCCCCUCCUCGCGAGCCCGUCGCCUUGCUCACGACCUGCCGCCUCCUCGCGAGUGGCCUCUCCCGCCGCCCUGCUCGCGUCCCAGGCCCCUCAUCUCGCGCCGCCUCCGCUGCCGCCCAAGCAGCGGCCUUCGCCUGCCGUGCUCGCGAACCGCGGCCGCCGCUGCCCUUGCUCGCGGACCGCCAGCGCGGCUGUUCGCAGCCCGUCGCCGCCACCGGGCGCCCGUCGCAGGGUUUGGGAGAUUGGAAAGAAAGGAGGGGAAACGAGCUUUUCGGGAGAGAUUUCUGCGCGAGCCGUCCGUGAGCCGCGUGGUCCGGCCAAAAAGAGCGACUCACGCGAACCGCUGUUUUGUGGGAUUAUUCGCUCGUGGGUGGCAUCGCCUCUAGACCAAACACCCGAGAAAAUUGAUUUGAACCGGUUGGCAGCGCACGGGCGGCCCGACACUCUAAACCAAUCACACACUGAGGAGAAACCUACUGGAAGCUAUUCAGCAGUUCAACUGAAUUUCAUCAGUCAGCAAAUUCAGAACUGCCGCUGCAGACGAGCUCUCUGUGGGCCCUCAAAACCCACUUGUUGUUUCCACGGCCCGCUCAUCAAAGCCCACUUGUUGUUUCCCGAAGCCCGCACGGCCGACAUUGAAAUUCCCCGCCUGCCGCCCGAACAUAACCGCCGUCUCUCAAGUUGUCAACGAACUCCCAUCCCCUGCUUCCCUUCCUCGCCCAGAAACCAAGAGCCCCCAUCCACCUCUCUCUCCCUCCCUUGCCAUGGCAUCCCCAUGCCAUCGCGCAGCGCUCGCGGCCAUGGCAUCCACGUCGUCGGCGGCGGCCAUGGCAUCCGCGUCGUCGGCGGCGGCCAUGCCUGCACAGAUUCGGCGGCCAAGGUUCCCGGACGGGGAGCACGUGCGGCUGCGAAGCCGCGUGCUGGGCACCUACCUCCACGCCGACACCGACGGUGCUGCCAUAUCCCUCUCCCCCCGCCGGGCGUCGAUGAACGUGGCGUGGCGGGUGCACAUCUACAACGACGGCCUGGGCAACGGGUACUUGCUGCUGCAGGGCGCCGCCUACGGCCUCUACCUUGGCUCCACUCGCGGGAUCCCGGCGGAGCUCGGCCACCACGGCAUCCACGUCUACCAGAGCCCCUACGACGAGCCGGAGUUCGAGGACAUCAUGUGGCAGGUCCUCGUGUCUCGAGACGACGUGCUGCUCCGCCAUGUCGACGGACACUACCUCCGCGCCAACGGGAAGUACCCUGGCUGGAACGACCGCCCCACCGUCGACGACUUCGACGGCCGUAGCAUGAUGAUGCGCUGGGUUGUGGAGCGCAUCCCCGCCAGGCAGAACAUUCCUGGCCUCCCAUAUCCCCAGGUCGAGGAACCCGGCAACUACUUAAGGAGGGUUUGGAAUAUUUGGAUGAACCCCAACGAUAACCACAUAGAGGCACCGUGGCGGCUGAUCCGGUUCGUGCCGGCGGGCACCCACGGGCUGUACCCCACCGACAAGUGGGCCGAGGUCCAGUUCAGGGGGAACUCCAUCUUCCUCCUCAAGGACUGGAUGGUCACCGAGUUUAGCGAGGCGGAGAUCAAUUACAGGAGGGGUUACGCGCGGCGGAACUCGACGCUCUGGUCAGACUGGAACUCCAUCGUCUUGUGCGUCCGAGCGGGCCGCUACGCGCGGCUGUGCCCGAUGCUGGUCGACCUGCCUGUCGAAGGCGAGACCCUCUUCGUUGUCGUCUUCAGGACCGGGACGCCAGGCGAAGCGCAGCUGAGAUACCCGGAUAUCGACGCAGAGUAGAUGAGAUCAGAAGACUCCUGAUGGUCGCCUCACAAUUCACCUCGAUCGUUAGAAGCGCCACCGCCUCAGACACAAUCAGUAUAGACACAGAAAAACUGGACGUCUACUUUUGCAUAGAGAUUUAUUUUCGGAAAAACUCAGCAGCUUUUGUAUUUCUGCUACCUAAACUUGAUCUGUUCUCCUGACAGGAGUAUCCUGUCAGUUUUGACCUCUGCACUUCUAUUUUUUCGUCUUCCUGAAAUCGCUAAUUGAAUGGCUGAACAAUUGUGCAGUGACAUUGGUUGUAACUGCUGCGCAGCUAACGGUGCCAUUUAGAGUUUAGAGUUUGGUAGGAUAAUUCAGAACUCCUGAAAGCAUUAAGUAGAUGGCUGAACAAUGGUUGCUCUUAUUCUGGCAACUCCAUCAUCGUUUAUAGCUCCAUUUCUCUUAGAUGAAGCUUCUGAUGUCAUCUGUUUCAGUUCAACUCUUCAGAUGUGUCGUGCAUUGGACAUGGUAACAUGGUACAAUUGGUUUCACACGCA